AUGACAUCGCCCGGAGAUGCUCCUCCGGUCAAACCUCCGCCGUCCUUCUCCCCCGGCGUGCCGCGUGUCGCAUCCAAGGCAAGAUACCCAGACAAACGCCGCGAUUCCUCUCCCGCUAUAGAGAGUGCUUCGGAUUUGGCGGGGGCGAGGAUUGACACCUCCCCGACCCCGCCGCUAUCGGCCACGGCCGCUGACCUUCCGAUCCGGGCUGCUUCGCCGCACGCGAGAUCUGUGAGGUCGAUUACCCCCCAAUUAACGAGGUCGUCACUGGGCUCGCCGCUAGAAGGACGGUUCGAGGGUUCCGAGGAUGUUAGGUCUCUGAUCGCGCGCUCAUUCUCCCCUGUGGUCGGAGUCUACGCUUCCGCGGAUACCGAUGAACUGGUCAGGCAGAAAGGUUUCAAGGGGGGUUUCUGGGAGUUGAUUCGACCUUUUGGAGAAGAUGUUCAUGGGAAGGUUGUUAUAAGGGAUAGCAUCGGGGCAGGCCAUGGUUGGGAGGAUUACGGGGUUCAUUUCGUGGAUUUAGGGGGAGUGGUCCAUAAUCGGAGUCCGGGUCAGGAUUCAUCUCCUUUGGCGCAGGUGGAGGAAGUGUUGGAACGGCAGCUCAAUUCAGAAGAUGAUCCUCUGGGUGGGCCAGUGCAACCAAAAGAUGUUUUGGGUAUGCCGUCAACGUCCUCGAUAUACAAAUUCUUUUUACAUCAACUCCUAUCCGCCUCCCCCGUGAGCUCGCAUGAGACCUUCCGUCAUCCGGUGGCAUGCGUGAUUGCAAUCAGUUCGCGCAAUACCGCUCCGCUUGAGUCGCUCAGACAGCUGUAUGCAGACACGAGUAAUGGCGACAAAAAGAUGCCGCCUUGGAUUCAUUCUGAAUUCCUUCGCUACUAUGUGCUGGUCCACGAUGAGGAUCGUGAUGAUAUAACGGAGUCGACUAAGCUUUACGAUCAAAUGAAGCGGCAUUUUGGGCUCCAUUGCCAUCUUCUUAGGCUUCGAAGUAAUCAAUGCGUCGUUACGGAUGAUGAUAGCGUUCGGGUACCUGAAUGCGAAUGGCUAUCUCCGUCAGAGCAUCUGCGAGGGGUGGGCCAACCAGAGCUCUUAGUCGACUUGGAUGCGGACGGUGUCCCCUACCUCUUCGACUCUGAUGUUAUGGCCAUUAAGACAUUUGUUCGAGAACUCGUGGCUCAAUCGGUGGUCCCAUUCAUGGAAAACAGAGUUGCUGUCUGGAACGACCAGGUGGCAUCCCGAAGGCGUGGUCUUAGUGGACGUUUCAUGUCCUUAUCACGACGAUGGACUGGUUUUGGAGCUGGCUCCAGAUCCAAUUUCGCAGGUUCUGGAUCAGGCGGAGUGAGUGGGAACUACGAUGCCGUACACGGGUUUUACAAACCCGAUGCUCCUGAGGCAAUUCUACGAAAAUUGGCCGACUUCGCUUUCAUGCUCCGUGAUUGGAAGCUGUCUGCAUCAACUUACGAGCUUCUACGGUCGGAUUAUGGCAACGACAAGGCGUGGAGAUACCAUGCUGGCGCUCACGAGAUGUGCGCAGUGAGCAUACUUCUCAAUCCGCUUGCAAUGUCAGGCAAAACCAAGCUUGAGACUAUCGAUCAGAUGCUCGAAACAGCAUGCUACUCCUACCUUACAAGAUGCUCCGACGCAACAAAUGCUUUACGCUGUCUCACUUUAGCCAUCGAACUCCUCAAGUCACGCGGGGGCUCAGCAACAGAAAGCGCAACCCGAUGGGCCAUGCGGGCCAUGGACAUAGGGUUAGUUGGCUCGAUUGGUCAAAUCCUCUUCAGCGAAAGGGUUUCAGCAUGCUACGCGUCCAAGGUAGGGUUAGGGUCAGGCGUGUGGAAACAAGGGUCAAGACGCAGAAAAGCUGGGAUGUGGAGUGUUCUUGCCGCAGAUCUCUGGCUCAAAAAUGGCAAGCCAGCGCUGGCCUCUGCAUCUCUCGAAGAGGCUGAACGUCUCUACGCCGACGUCCUCGACACAGACGGCAUAUUCCCCAUGCCAGAAAUGCAAACCUUCAUCGACAACUUAAGACAUGCAACCAGGGUCCAGUAUCUCGGAGCUAGAGGGCUAGAUGCCAGCGACAAUACAGAUGCCAGCACAGCGCCGCUGGAAACGCAAGAAACCGAGGAAACAAGUGAAAAACUCGAUAAACGCAGCAACCGCAGAUCACUUAUGGGUAUCCCGAGUUCGACGGAUCCUGGGAGUCUCAAUCCGCCGCCAGUGACGAGGGAUAAUGAGACACCGUCGCAUGAUGAUUUUGAACGAGCUUAG